GGAGAAGCAAGGCAAACAACUUAGCAAAUCGAAGCCAAAAGGCAAACAGCUGGGCGCUGUCGCCUGUCAGAACACAAGACGAGAAGGGGAGGAUCCAGGGCAGGCGCCAGUGUAUUACGUAUAUUUCCUGCACUACCGUGACCUUCUGUAAUUCCCACCAGACCACUGAGAUGAAGGUUGCAAAGUGUCCUGCAGAAGAGCUCUCUUUUACGAACUGUGUUAUUGUUAAUGAAAAAGAUUUCUCCCCUUCAGAUCAGUAUGUGAAAGUGAAGGGUGGUGACGGAACACACAUCUAUACCAUCAUUCGGCACCAAGGAGUUCUACCUGGCUAUGUGGGAUUCAAUGCCAUCCAGCGGAAACAUGCCUUGCUUUCACUAGACCAAGAGAUCAUAGUUGAGCCUUAUUAUCCAAGUCCUCACCGAGAUUUGAUUGGAACAUUGGUACUGGAGAUGGACUUCUUACAGAAGAGGAAUAUGCAAGCUGAGACUUUCAACACUGAUAACUUGGCAAAGUGCAUAAUUGAACAGUUCAGCAGACAGUGCUUCACUCUUGGGAUGCCAAUGGUUCUAAAGUUCCAGGAUAGGAAAGCUCUUUCUAUAAUUCCUAAGGAAUUGGAAGCUGCUGAUCCAGAGGCUCUAGUAUCUGGAAGAAAAACUGAACCAAGGAAGAUGGACUUUGGAGUCCUGCAGCCAAAUUCUACUGUAAUCUUUGAGAAGGCUCCAACCUCCAUCCUCAUACUGACAGGCAAAGCAAAGGCCCGAUCAUCGCACACCAGUCUCUUCUCAGCCGACUGGGACUUCCACAAAAUGGGCAUUGGUGGUUUAGAUGAAGAAUUUAUCCAUAUCCUCAGAAGAGCUUUUGCCUCCAGAGUCUUUCCACCAGAAGUUACAGAACAGUUGGGGGUUAAUCAUGUCAAGGGUCUUCUGCUAUAUGGACCUCCAGGUACUGGCAAGACCUUAAUGGCCCGCCAGAUUGGAAAGAUGCUUAAUGCUCGAGAACCAAAGAUCAUCAACGGUCCUGAGAUUCUAGACAAGUAUGUGGGAGAGUCUGAAGCCAAUGUGCGCCGCCUCUUUGCUGAGGCUGAAGAAGAAGAGAAGCGCAUGGGUCCCAAUUCUGGUCUUCACAUUAUCAUCUUUGAUGAGAUUGAUGCCAUUUGCAAACAGAGAGGUUCAGUUGCUGGCAACACUGGUGUCAAUGACACUGUGGUCAACCAGCUUUUGUCCAAGAUUGAUGGUGUAGAGCAACUCAAUAACAUUCUAGUCAUUGGCAUGACCAACAGAAAGGACAUGAUAGAUGAGGCUCUGCUGAGGCCUGGCAGACUGGAGAUCCAAGUAGAAAUUGGUCUUCCUGAUGAACAGGGACGAGUUGACAUUCUCAAGAUCAAAACUGCAAAAAUGAAAGAGCACAACAAACUGGAUCGUGAUGUUGACCUUGCAGAGGUUGCCUCCUUGACAAAAAAUUUUUCAGGAGCAGAACUUGAGGGUCUUGUGAAGGCUUCCUCAUCCUCGGCCUUGAAGCGCUACAUUCACCUGGGAAACAAAAUUGAGGUGGAUCCUAAUGCCAUUGACAAAAUAAAAGUUACUCGAGCAGAUUUCAUCUACUCCCUUGAAAAUGACUUAAAGCCUGCUUUUGGCACCAGUGAAGAAGAUCUGUCAAAGUUUAUUGAGAGAGGAAUCAUUAAUUGGGGAGCAACCAGAGAAUUGGUAGAAAAGGGACUGAUGUUUGUAAAGCAAGCAAGGUCACCUGAAACUAGCAGUCGCCUCUGUAUAUUACUUGAAGGGGCACCAACUGCAGGUACUUCUGCAUUAGCAGCUUAUUUGUGCAAAAAUUCUAAUUUCCCCUUUAUAAAAGUUAUUAAUUCUCGAGAUAUGGUUGGUUUCAUGGAGGCUUCCAAGUGUUUAAGAAUAAAAAAAAUUUUUGAUGAUGCAUACCGCUCUGAACUAAGUUGCAUUUUCAUGAAUGAUCUUGAACACUUGAUGGGAUAUUCACCCAUUGGCCCAAGGUACCAGUCCAUUGUUCUGGAUGCCAUGUACUCUCUUCUGUCAGCCUCCCCUCCUCCAGGCCGUAAAUUACUUGUCAUCUGCACAUCUAAACGUCGCUCAGUACUGGAAGAACUGGGUCUCCUUUCAGCCUUUACAGCUGUCAUCAGGGUUCCUUAUAUUGCACAUGUGGAAGAUGUUAGACUUGUGCUAGAGGAAUCACAAGCAAUGAGUCCAGAUGAGAUUGCAGCUGUGGUAAAGGAAGUUGGACAGGGAAGAGUAUUUAUAGGUGUAAAGAAGUUGUUGGGACUGUUAGAUGCCUUGCGUGUGAUGAAGGGAGUACCUUCCAGCCAGAGAGUGGCUGCUUUUGUUAAUUUGCUGGAAGACGAGGGUGUGCUGACUCGAAGAUUAUAGUCACGAUCAAAUGCUUUUUCUAAGGAAAUACAAGAAAAGAGCAAUAUACAUUAGAAUGCAUAAUGAGGAAUCAUGGAAAUGAAGUGCAAGUAUAAUGUAUUAGUUGUUGCAAAUCAAAAGAAUUGUGUUGUUUCAAAUUUUAUUUAUUUUUUCAUAUGGUCAUUGUUAUUCAUUCCAUUUUCUACAUUUGCAGAAUUUAUAUCUUAUAAAAUUCCUGGCUUUAUUUUUAAGUUCUCCAUCUAUAAUAAUCAAGUUACUUAUUGACAGUAAUAAGUUCUAUCCUCUAAGAUUAAAAUUUUCCAAGAAUGCAUGUACUCGCAAAGUAAAAAUAAUAGAUUAUGUAGAUUAACAUGUUAAAAAAAGUAAAAACAUAGGUAACAAUGUGGAUCUUUUGAUUAAAGAGACAUGCUGACAGCAAGAUUAUUGCUCUGCACAUAUCUAACAUCUUUCAAUGUAUUAUCAACAUGCCUUUCAAGUUUCUGCAGUUUAUCAGUUAAACUAUAUUGAAAAUAUUAGUCCAAAUGACCUCACUAUAACAUCAGUUUUCUUUGAAAGUUUCUCUGAAAAAUAGAGUGAAGUGCUUUUACAGUUAGCAUACUAACUUGUAUGAAGAAUAGUAAAUUAAAGCCAGGUACUUUACAAAUUAGUUAAUGCUAUAUAAUAUUAACAGAGUUUUCACUUGUAGAUUGGUACAAGAUUUUAUCAAGUCUGCAAUUUUGCAUUUGUACAAUUUAUUUUUCCAAAUGCAAAAAAGUGCUUAGUUACAAACUAUCAUUGAUUUUAUUUAUUAUUUAAAUAUAUUUACAACCUAUAUUUUAUCAUUCAUCCCUACAGUGAAACCUUGGUUCUUGAACUUAAUUGAUUCUUGAAUAUCUUUCAAAAAAAAAAAAAAAAAAAAGUUUGGUAUAUUAUUUGCUCUGUUGAAAUCAAUAUAAAAUGGAUUAGUGUAUUCCCAUACACCUGUCUAUCUUGUCUUAGCAGUUAAUGACAGGCAUUCCCAUUGUCAAAGUGGCUGCUUUCCAGAGUCAAAACAUGAUACUGCACUGGAUAUGCAUGAAUGUGUCAGCCAAAUUUAAUGCAACAAUAAUAUAUUUUUUCACUGAGAUUGAAGCACAGCAUUGGUGCAUGUGAUUGAGCUUUUACUGUAUUACCUAAAAUGUGUCUCUCCUCCAAAUACAUUAUAAAAAUAAAGGAAAUAUCUAUGGAAACUAUAAAUUAGUAAUAAAUUAUUUGUUUGCUUUGUCUUUUAGUAUUUCAAAUAAAGUAACUUUGUUUGAGAACUGAACUAUUGUACAGCAACUAUACCAAUUAUGAGUUCAAAAUUUUGUUAAAAAACUGAUUUGUUCAGUAAGAGCUUCAACUGUUCUAAAUACCUCCAUAAGAUAUGGCUCACAGUGUACCUCAAUUUGCUGGAAGGGUAAAGGUUAGAAGGAUGCCUAGUGAGUUGGAGGCAAGAACAAACAUGCAUGAUCUAAUUUGGGUUGUCAUAUCAGAUGUGGGUAGCAAGUUCCCUCCAUGUGUCAAUUAAAAUCAUUCAGUGGAUUGCAAGAUGCCAGGUGAUAUGCACCUGCACUAGCUCAGGCAAGAAUAUUAUGGAAGGAUAUGGCAGCAUAUUGUACAUGCUAGCUUUCAUUUUCCUGAAUUCAUUAUGUCUUUCUUAUUGCCUGUUAAGUCAUGUAUCCAACAAGAACUGCUGACAUCCAGAAUAUCUAAUUUCAGAGAUAGUCUUAGAAGCAAUUUUCUUGAGAAUUUUGACAGUGACAUUAAUUGCUUCAAAGAGCUGUGACUAGCACCUAAACAAUGACUGACUACUUGAGCAUUUUUUCCUUCUUCUGAUGUGGACAUUGCAUCACUUGCCUCUAGCUGCUAAGCAUCCUGCUACCCUCUACCUUCCCAGCAAAUUGCUUGCAGUGUUGCUAUACCCUAAAGGAAGUACCUGAGGUAAGAUGAACUCUGAUUUAGAUAUUUCAACUAUGUUGUUAGUUAAACAAAAAGAGCAUGUUCAAUCAUGCAGAUCAUUGCAUAUGAUGUGAGACUUAUUACUGUAUUCACCAUAUGAUUCCAUUUCUAUUUAACAUGGCGUACAAAUAAAGUAAUUUAUCCAUU